AGCGCAGGGUGCGGGAGGCGGACUCCCGGGGAAAGGCGGGGCUGGGCGGCCGAGGAGGAGGAGGAGGCUGGACCUGAGAUGAGUGUGCCAGGUCUCGGCGCAGCAGCCAGGCAGCGGCCCGCUCCGGGGCGGGAGCAGAGGCGUUAACCCCUUCGUGGCCGCGGACACAUUAACCCCUUGGGGCCUGGCGCGGACUGAACUUGGCUUGGCGGCUGCCCGCUCCCGAUGCGCCGGGCGGAGCGCGCCCGCCCCUGAGCCGCUGGGGCAGGAGCCCCGCCUGAGGCGCGGAGCCCCGGCCCGCGAGCAGCAGCAGCGGCCGGGCCAUGGCUGACCCCCUGCUCGCCGAGCGCCCGCAGCCGCCGCCCGGCCAGAGCUCGGCCGCGGAGCCCGCCCCGGCCCGGAGCUGGGCGGCGGGAGGAGCCGAGCCGCGGGCGGAGGAGAGCGCGUGUCGGGCUGGCCCGCCCGCCGGGGCCGGCCAGGGCCAGGGCCGCCCGGAGGGAGGCGGCGCGGCGGCGGAGGGCGGAGAAUGCCCCGCCGGGGAGGGGCAGCCUGCCGCGGAUGGACAAAGCGCCGGGCCCCGGCCGGCCCCGCAGUGCCCGGGCGAGGCCGGGGCGGGGGGCCGCCGGGACCGGCCCUCCGCCGGGGGCGAGGAGGAGUGGCGGCAGCCGCAGCUGGGCAAGAAGAAGCACCGGCGGCGCCCCUCCAAGAAGAAGCGGCACUGGAAGCCCUACUACAAGCUCACCUGGGAGGAGAAGAAGCUGUUUGAUGAGAAGCAAAGCCAGCGGGCUUCCAGGCUCCGGGCGGAGAUGUUCGCCAAGGGGCAGCCCGUGGCUCCGUACAACACCACCCAGUUCCUGAUGGAGGAUCAUGAUCAGGAGGAGCCGGAUCUUAAGACUGGCCUGUACCCCAAGAAGGCUGCAGCCAAGUCGGAUGAUACCAGCGAGGAGGACUUCCUGGAGGAGGCGGCAGACGAGGACGGGGGCAGCGACGGGAUGGGAGGCGACGGCAGUGAGUUUCUCCAGAGGGAUUUCUCCGAGACUUACGAGAGGUACCAUGUGGAGAGCCUGCAGAACAUGAGCAAGCAGGAGCUGAUCAAGGAGUACUUGGAGCUGGAAAAAUGCCUUUCCAGGAUGGAAGAUGAGAACAACCGGCUGAGGAUGGAAAGCAAAAAAUACGGGGGGGACUCUGCAGAGGAUCCUAGGGUAAGAGAACUAGAGCUGGAACUGGACAGGUUGAGAGCUGAGAACCUGAAGCUGUUGAAAGAGAAUGAACUUCACAGACAACAGGAGAAAUCUCUUUCCAAGUUUGGAGAGUGAAACUUUAGGGGGUGGGUGGGGGUGGGACUUUUUACAUUGAUGGAAUGUAACAUUAUAUACAUGUGUAUAUAAAAGACAGUGGAUCCUUUUUAUGAUACAUAAUCAGAAUAAACCACAGCCUUGUAUUGUUUUUGAAGCUAUAGCUAUAGUGUAGUGUGUGUUCUGUUAACUAUGUGCAACUGAGAAUUCCCCCCCCUUAAGAUAAAUGUGACUCAAGGGGAGGGGUGUGUCUGUUUGAUGUGCAAGUAAAUUUGACUCAACUUAUGAUGCAUUUUAUGUUUAAACCAAAAGGGGAAAAAUCCAGGGGGAGGGGAAAAAACCCUAGGGAAUUGUAAAUCGGCUAAAUUCUGAAAACAAUAAAAUUCAUUAUAGAGUUCUAAUAAAUUUAAUUACUUGUAAAUGUAACAGUUUCAGUGUGAUUUCUAGAAGAAUAUUCAAAAUAGCAUUCUCCUAGGUGGGAAUAUGUUUUGAAUAAUUAUUCGAGUGAUUUGUAUUUUUAAAUGGCUUAUAUUGCCUAAUAUAAAAUCAACAGAACUAAAGCUUAGACUUAAUUCUUUUGCAUCUCUGCUCCCUGCAGCUCACAGAACUUCCUAUUUCCAAUUCUAAAACACUAAAGCUCUAAUGUAAGUGGGUUCAUAAGCCCAUUUUGUGUUCUGGUGGCUUAGCAAAUAUUUUUGCUGUAACAAAAGUAAAUGCAGCUGGGUUGGUGGGCAAGUGGUCAGUUCUAUACUUCUACUUUAUCAUGUUUUUGUAGUAGUCAUUCACUUAUUCUAACAAAUUACACUAAUGUUGGCCUGCCUUAAGUUUCAAGGAUAGUUCUGAAUUUCUAAUCUCAUCUGUCUAGAGCUGCUAAGAACCUAAAUAAGCACUGCCUACAACACUUGUGUUUAGAGGCACCUUGAUUUUUUUAAUAUACUUUAAACUGCAGAACAGAAGUCUGAUUCUUUAAUAAAUGCUUAGUAAAAUUG